GUACUGCCAGGGAUAUGGUGCGCGGUUUUUUUAUUCCCUGGAUACUGAGAGUUGUAAGAAAUGACAAGCAUGGUGCGAAGAACCUUUUUUCUCCAGCUUGCACGUCUUUGUAUUCGUUUCUAGAAUCGUGAAAUAAACUGCAAAAUGUGAGAAGAUGUGUGAAGGAAGAAAUUGAUAAUUAAAGUAUCCUUUCUUUGAAUUCAAAGGAAAAAUAUACAUUUGAAAGUAGCACAAGUCUGCGACUAACAGAUUUUUUUUUUCGCUCGCUGGAGUCUGAACAAUGCUACAUGUUGUGACGAGACGAUAUCAGAGGAGUUUGUUUGUCGGAGUAUGUUUUACCUUUUGCUUUUGUAUAUUGUUUUUGGAUAAGUAUUCCAGACUUGUUAAAGAUGCGGAAUAUGAAUUUGACAUUAGUGGAAGAGUUGAAAUUGACCACUUCAGACAUUCAGAUGUCAAUGAAGUCAUAGCCCGUGGGUUAUCGAAGAAAGUCCGUAUUUUAUGUUGGAUCAUGACGUCACCAAAAAAUUUGGAUGGGAAAGCAACAGCGGUGAAAAAUACUUGGGCAAAGCGCUGUAAUAAAGCAUUGUUCUUCAGCAGUGAAACAAACGCUUCCUUUCCAACCAUCGGCCUCAAUACAACGGAAGGACGGCAACAUUUGACGGCAAAGACGAUACAAGCGUUUCGCUACUGUUACGAACAUUACGGGAAUCAGUUUGACUGGUUUCUCAAAGCAGACGAUGAUACUUACAUGAUCGUAGAAAAUCUACGAUAUUUUCUUUCUCACCACGAUCCAAAUAAUUUGCAAUAUUUUGGACACAAGUUCAAAGUGAUCGUGGAACAGGGGUAUUUCAGCGGAGGGGCGGGCUACAUUUUAAGUAGGAAUGCAUUAGAAAAAUUUGUGACUGAGGGUCUUUCAGAUUCUGCGAAAUGUAGACAAGAUGGUGGGGCAGAAGACGCAGAAAUUGGUAAAUGCAUGCAACAUCUGGGCAUCAAGGCAGGAGAUUCGCUGGAUAUUUAUGGCAAGGAGACUUUUCAUCCGUUUAACCCGAGUGCACAUUUAAGGGGUCUAUAUCCCCAAUGGUUUUACAACAAUGCAGCCAGUUACCCCAAAAAGGGUCUUGAAUGCUGUAGUGACUACAGUAUAUCCUUCCAUUACAUGUCGCCUCCAGACAUGUACGUAAUGGAUUACCUGAUCUACCACUUACGUCCGUACGGAAUCAUACAGGACGUACGUAAAACACGCUUAUUCAACAAAGAGGCCAGUUUUAAAUAGUUUUGCAGGUAUUAUUUUUGUAAAUAUUUUGUUAAAACACAGAGAACAAAAGUUGUGCAGAACCACAAGAUCUUGCAAAUGAAUUCAUCAAAAAGGGGCUGGCCUCUACAGCUAGGGAUCUAGAGGGACCGAGUGUAUAUUUUCCCGAUAUAAAACUGGCGAAUACUGGUUUCGAAUAGGAUUAUAUAUAAUUGCUUCUUUUUUCAUGAUUCUUUCACUAAAAUCAACAACAUGAUAGGAAAUUUUUGGUGACUGGGGAUAUUUGAUAGUAUUUUGGACGAGUGGACAAUUUUAUUUUUAGAUAUGAAAGAAGACAUCAUUCCUUCUAUAAUUCUGUGUGAUCGUAUCAACAUUGCCGUAUCAUACAUUUGAGAAUAGUUGAAAAAGAAAUACUUUUUCAUGUUCAUACAGUUUAAAGAUAUUAUAAACUCUUAUCAUACAUUUUUAUACUUUUUACUGUUGUUUUUGUUUCCAACAUGCUGUUAAUUUUUUUUCUUGUUUACAAUAAAAUCUUUUUCAAAGUC